AUGUACGGCGCACGCACAUCUCACCGUCGCUUCGUACCCAAUCCUCGCUACCCACGCGAUACGCGCGUGAGACCUCGCAAGCCUAAGUGGCAUGGAAAAGGCUAUCGCGAACAUGGAUCUACUUUUUUCUUUCAAUUGCACCGGUCCUUCUCGGGUGGUAAUGGAUUCAGUCGCUCCUUUCAGGUCCGUGAAUUGCAAAAUAUGCAUGAACUUCUUGAUAGUCUUCAGCGUGAAGUAGCGAGAGAAUGCUCAGUGCCGGAAGAAUUUCAUUUCGACUUUUUUGUUCGGAAAACUAAAAUUGAAGGGGAAGAAGCGUUGGUCGGAAGUAUCUUUGAUGGCGGAGAAACCGUUUAUGCUAAAGGCACGGAGUAUGUUAGUGGUGGACUCUUUGGUGCUCCGUGGGUGGCAAAGAAAAGGAGGGGUGGAGCUUGA